UGGUUCCACCGCGCUCCAGGUAUUUUUUUUCUGAAGGAAAGCUGCUUCCUCAUAUGUUUCAAGAAUGGCUCUCCCUAUCAUUGUAAAAUGGGGUGGACAGGAGUAUUCCGUGACCACACUUUCAGAAGAUGAUACUGUGCUCGAUCUCAAACAGUUUCUCAAGACCCUUACAGGAGUGCUUCCAGAACGCCAAAAGUUACUUGGACUCAAAGUUAAAGGCAAACCUGCAGAAAAUGAUGUUAAGCUUGGAGCUCUCAAACUGAAACCAAAUACUAAAAUCAUGAUGAUGGGAACUCGUGAAGAGAGCUUGGAAGAUGUCUUAGGUCCACCCCCUGACAAUGAUGAUGUUGUUAAUGACUUUGAUAUUGAAGAUGAAGUAGUUGAAGUAGAAAAUAGGGAAGAAAACCUACUGAAAAUUUCUCGCAGAGUGAAAGAGUACAAAGUGGAAAUUUUGAAUCCUCCCAGGGAAGGGAAAAAGCUUUUGGUACUAGAUGUUGAUUAUACAUUAUUUGACCACAGGUCUUGUGCAGAGACUGGGGUAGAGUUAAUGCGGCCAUAUCUUCAUGAAUUUCUAACAUCUGCCUAUGAAGAUUAUGACAUUGUUAUUUGGUCUGCAACAAAUAUGAAGUGGAUUGAAGCUAAAAUGAAAGAGCUGGGAGUGAGCACAAAUGCAAAUUAUAAGAUUACUUUCAUGUUGGAUAGUGCUGCCAUGAUAACAGUACAUACUCCAAGGAGAGGAUUAAUAGAUGUAAAGCCUCUUGGUGUUAUAUGGGGAAAGUUUUCGGAGUUUUACAGCAAGAAAAACACCAUUAUGUUUGAUGACAUAGGGAGAAAUUUUCUAAUGAACCCACAGAAUGGACUAAAGAUAAGGCCUUUUAUGAAAGCGCACCUAAAUCGAGAUAAAGACAAAGAACUUUUAAAAUUAACUCAGUACCUCAAGGAAAUAGCAAAAUUAGAUGACUUUUUGGAUCUAAAUCACAAAUAUUGGGAAAGAUAUCUCUCAAAGAAGCAAGGACAGUAGUUACAAGUUAUACUGGCAGUUACUGAAGAUACUUAAGAUCCAAGAACUUCUUGCUUUUAUGCUAGAAAUCAUUAUGAUAGUGCUGGACACUGAAGCAAAUACCAUAAUGCUUAUACUUG